UAUUUUUGGUCAAACCGAAACAUGUUGCUCCGCUAAGAAUCAAAAUCAAAAUCAAAACUCAGGGCCAAAGGCGGGGAUUUGUUCGAGUGAAAAACCCUAGAGAGAGAGAGAGAGAAUGGAGCACAGUUACGAACACCAUCAAGCAACGGACAGCUUGGUGAACCUCUUCACAAAGGCGAACCACGAUCUGACCGUGGUUCAGCACAGGCUCGAGAAGGAGUUUCAACAAGUGUACCCAGACAAUGCAAAUCCAAUGAAAUUAGUGUCUAGAAUAAAGAAGAUACAAGAAGAUCUGUUGACCUUGAAAGAACAGUGUCACGAACUUCUGGCAGCCAAACAGGAUUUGAUUGAUAAGGCUCAAACUACUCUUGUUGGGAACAGAAGUUUGCUGCAGCGGAUGCAAGCUUCUGUGGGCAUUCCCCUUACCAGUGAUUCUGAUGACCCUGCAUAUGCUAAUUUCAACCAGGAAGACAAGCUCAAGCUCAUCACCUUUUGGUCGUCAAAUUUGCAGGUCGUUGAUGAGUGGGCAGUUCAAGUCAGAUCUAGGACAGGGGAUGAGCAGCACAAAUCGGACUCUAAGGAUAUCAACAAAUUACUCUUCUCAGCUAUAGUUCAAACCAACUGAAAAUGCUGAAAAAUGUUCAGCCUGGCCAAGCAUAAUAUUGUAGUGUGACAUUAGAGCACAAAGAAUUGAAAAUUGUAGUGUGGCCAACAACUUUUGCGCAGAGGUGUUGUUGAUUGUAUUAAUUUAGUCGAUUUCAUGUGAAAAUUGGAUUGUUUAUGACAAUAUAUUUCUACUUGAAAAAAAAAAAUCAGUCUAGUUCGAACUUAUGCUGAAAAUGUAGUGUUUUAUCUAGAUCAGCUAGUUGAGCCAUAUGGAUUUGUGGAUAAGAAUUUUCUCGAUUUCACUGGAAAUGAAGAGUAAUUAUUUAGUACAAAA